CAAAACAUUGUACAUGAAGAUGAUAUUUCAUUAGAAAAUCAAUCAACUUCGGUCAAUUAUAUGCCUUUAAGUGAUCAAUCAACUUUGGCCAAUUAUAUAUCUUUAAAUGAUCAAUCAACCUUGAUCAAUCAUAAUGAUAAUAAUCAUGCACCUUUAAGUAGUCAGUCAGAUGUAAUUAAUUUUAUCAUUAUUGAUGAUAAGGAUUACGAUACUA